AGGUUGCCACUUGUGCAAAUAACAUACUACUACUUCAUCUGGGCUCUGUAAACAUAGUUUUGGGAAUUUUGUAUCUCGUGUUUUGUGUGCCAAGCUUAAAAGGAGCAGAAUGGGUAACAGUUGGAAUACCCUGUACAAUUUACGGAUUCUUUUUUACCUUGCUUCAUCCGAUGGUAUUAUGGACAAUAUGCGGCCUAAAUUGUGACAGAUACUACGCCAUCGCUGCACCUUUACAUUAUACACAUAUUAUUAGUCCCAAAAAAAUAAUAAUAGGGUUAGGGGCAGGAUGGACCAUAUCGAUUACUCUAAGCAUUCCGCCGAUAUUUCGCGUGGCCUCCUAUGAUUAUUUUCCAGGAAUGGGUGGCUGUGCCCCGAAUUUUUCCGUAGGAGUUGGAACCUUAUGGUACUCCACUUUCUACACAGCAUUUACGUUGCUUCUUCCUGCUACAGUUAUUAUAUGUUGUAAUUUAAAGGUACGUUAUCAUAUUAAUUUUUAUACAGGCUUUCUAUAUGUUAAUAGUUUACAGAUAUUAAUGAUAGCCCGCUACCACCGCCACAGAAUAGCAUCGGCAAUCUACGAAGUAACUCUUUCGGCUCAAGUAACCAUCACGCAUCAAAGGAACCCGUUUUUCGUGCCGACGGUUACAGCGCCAUCUUCCGGCGGCCCAAAGUUCCGAAGCAGUAACGCCAUCUAUACCGUGUUUCAGUUAGUUGGUUCGUUUUUAAUAUUGUACUUGCCAUACUAUUGUAUUAUACUGUGGGAGUCGAGUUGGGGGAAGCAGGAGAAGCUUCAUCAGCAUUAUUAUACCUUGGCUGGUGCAUUACUUAUAUCAACGAUCCCGAUGAACGCGUUCCUUUAUGGUAUCAAAAGCAAAACUCUUCGCAAAACCUUCCAAAACUACUGGCGAAAGAAACAAACAAAAAACGAAGUAAACCACGAAAUCCAAGCACGCACGCCAUCUACCUGCGGUUCCAGAAGACCGUCACUAACGCCCCUAGCAUUCUUAACCAAACCUACUUUGCAGAGAAGAUUAUCAGAGACUUUACUGGACAUACAUAGAGGCUCAAAGGGUUCGCACAAAUCUAAAAUAAAGAGAAUUGCUUCGGAGUAUACGUGGAGACCAUCUUCAGCAAAUAGUUUGAAUUCGCCAAAAGAGGAGAUUAGCUCCAAGAAAAUUACGCACACUGCUAGUUGUAAUACUCUGAAAGUCCCAGAGGAUGAUGUGUCUACAAUUGCCGAGGACGAAAUAUACAUUAAAAUUAAAAACAAAGGGUCGCCCACAAAACCCUAUGCAGCAAAUAUGUUGAUACAAAAAAUAUUUGGCAUCGAACAAGAAAAAAUCACCAAGAAAGCUGCGGCAGUGCAGAAUGCGUUGGAAGGGACACCGAAGAGGUCACCGAUGAUUUUGAUAACGAGGGCUUUUUCAGAAGAGAGCGACAAGUCUUCUAAUGGGUCGCCUGCCAAGGAAAUCACAAAGAACCGUUCCAGCUCUGCUAAUACUUUAUUUGAGAGAAAGUGGAGGCAGUUAAGGUACAAAGAUGAAGACAGUGACAAUGACAAUCUAAAAUCGGGCUACAAUACAACAACGAAACCUCUUUUGGACAACAGUCGAAGCAGCGACUCCAGCGAAACAUCGGAAACAUCAAGCGGAAAAAUAUUCAUGGCGCUUGACCAAAAAAUACCCAACGAAGAUAUGGAGACGACCGAAGAACACCACCUUUUAACUUGGAGUAACAACAAGAAACCAGACGACAGAAAAUCCAAAACGAAUCUGCUAAAGCAGAGUCUAAUAAACGUGCCAUCUCAAGAAGUAGUUCUCUAGUAAUUUUUGCCAUGAUUUGGUUCUAGUCUUUUUUGUUUUCUUAUUGUGAUUUUAAUAUGAUACUGCAGAGGACCAUUUCUUUAUUUAUUUAAAAAUAUUUUGUUUUCUUAUUGUGAUUUUAAUAUGAUACUGCAG